GAUUUUCUUACAAUAUACUGUACUUCAUACCCCUCUCCCUCUCUCUCUCUCUAGAGUUUAUAAUAACCUGCCCAUCCAACCAAACUGUCUCCCUUCUCAUCUUUCACCAUGGCAGACCCAUACUCCAAUUUCUUCUCUGGAUGGUACAACUUCAAUCCUUUUUUCCACCAUUUCUCUUCUUCUUCUUCUUCUUCCCCUUCAUCCUCUUCUUCAAACCCAUCUCAUCCUCCUUAUGCAUACAAUUCCUGCAAUUAUUUCAACAACAACAACAACAACAACAACUCCUUCAUUCACUCUCAGUCAUCCCCACCUGGCUCUCCUCCUAUCAGAGAAGCACUUCCCCUUCUCAGUCUAAGCCCAACAAGACAUGAAGAAGAAGAACCCUCCUGUAGUGCCAUGGAAGAGGAUCAAAACAAAGCCAAAGAAGGCAGUUUCUAUUCUAAUGGUAUUGCUGAUGAUGAUGAUGAAACUGUGACUGUUGCCCUACAUAUAGGGCUCCCAAGCCCUACUGCUGCUGAUCUGAUCUCUAGAGUUUCUUCCUCAUCUACAGAGAUGAUGAAUACAGAUAAGGAAGGAGUUAGUGUUGUUUCUGGGUAUCAACCUAAUAGACUCAACAAAGGGCAGUACUGGAUCCCUACCCCUUCUCAGAUUCUAAUUGGUCCUACUCAGUUCUCAUGUCCUGUUUGCUGCAAGACCUUCAACAGAUACAACAACAUGCAGAUGCAUAUGUGGGGGCAUGGAUCACAGUAUAGGAAAGGGCCUGAGUCUCUAAGGGGGACCCAACCAACGGCAAUGCUCAGACUACCUUGCUAUUGUUGUGCACCAGGGUGUAGGAACAACAUAGAUCACCCAAGGGCAAAGCCUCUCAAGGACUUUAGAACUCUCCAAACCCAUUACAAAAGAAAGCAUGGAAUAAAGCCCUUCAUGUGUAGGAAAUGUGGUAAGGCCUUUGCAGUGAGAGGUGAUUGGAGAACUCAUGAGAAGAAUUGUGGUAAGCUGUGGUAUUGCAUAUGUGGAUCUGAUUUCAAACAUAAAAGGUCUCUCAAGGACCACAUCAAAGCUUUUGGACAUGGUCAUGCAGCUUAUGGAAUUGAUUGUUUUGAAGAAGAAGAUGAACCCGCUUCCGAAAUCGAGCAAGACGAAGAAUCCUUGCAGUGAUAGAUACAGAUGAAUUGGGUCUUAAAUUUGGUGAAA